CAACCACACAAGCCCAAGACAAGUAGCUCCAUUGCAAAGUUAUCCCUACCGCUUAUCUCAUAGUCUAUUCUGAGUCCCAUGUCUACGAGUAGUACUCCUCUUGCAGCUGGCAAGGCAUUCGCCAAACCCAAAUCAAAAAUGGCGCGCGAUGUAAGCGCUGCGGGGUCUGAUGUUGAAUCGCUCGCCAGUGUCGCGUCUGGCAUGACGAGCGCAAAGAAGGCAGCGCAAAAGGCUACAAAGAGCGCAACGGGUAAGCCAGCAAAAAAAACAACAGACAAGUCAAGCGCCAAGAAGCGGAAAGCGCAAGCUGCUGGAUUGGAUGAUGAAGGGAGUGUUGCUGGCUCCGAAACCGCGGGAGGUGCGCGUAAGGCGCCACAAAAGACACAAACGAGCAUGGAGGGUACGGUCAAGAAGGAGAGUAAGAAGGCGAAAAAGUCGGAAGCCAAACCCAAGGGCCCUGUGGAUGUCGAGAGGCAAUGUGGUGUGCCGUUGCCGCAGGGUGGACUGUGCGCACGCAGUUUGACGUGCAAGUCGCAUUCAAUGGGGAGCAAGCGUGCUGUUGCUGGUCGAAGUCAGCCUUACGACAUUCUCUUGGCGCAAUACCAGAAAAAGAACCACGCCAAACUAUCACUCAAGGCAGCAGCCGAUCAAGCCUUUCAAGACACAGACGAGGGCAACCUGCCAGUUGACUCGGAUGAGGAAGUGGCGGCUGUCAUGGAAGCCAUUAGCCGCGCCACUCAAAAGUCAGCACAGAUGAAGGCUCUCAUGCCGGUCCGCCGCAGGCAUCGGUUCCUCAAGAUGCGGGAGCUGAUGAGUACUGCGCUGCGGCCAGGACAAAGUGGCAACCUUCCAAGUCAUGGCAAGUUCAUUCCUUUUCAGUGCUCCUAAACAUAAGCAUUCUUGCCAUAUGGAGGUCUUGCCUAUCCUCUGCGCAUUCUUCCCUUCUAUCUAAAGACUUCAAAGCCCUGUACAAGUCUCUCUGCAAAAGUCAAUACAGUAUUUACGGAAUACAUGUGCGCACUGCAGACAGGAGACAUACAAGGCAACAAUCGAUGAGAAAAAUAACAGCAUGUCGCCCUGCACAUCGUC